AUGAAUAUUCCAAAUAAUUCGGAAAAUUCAGAGCAAAAUAAUAUUGAAAAUAGUAUAAAUUUUUCAGAUAACAGAAAUAAUAGUUUUUUGGGGAAUGAUGAUGGUAGUAUUAUAGAUGAUAAUAAUAUAAUAGAAGACGAAUGCAUAACACCAAAAGAUGAUGAAGAGAAUAUGAAUUCAAGAAAAAAAAAAAAAAAUGAUAAAUUAAAUCAAAAUGAAAACAAAAGUUUAAGAAUAGGAAGAAAUGAAUCGAGAAAUGAAACUAGUUAUCAUCACCAAAAUAGUCAUAAUUCAAAUAUAUUAAGUAAUGCUCUAAAUAAUGCAAUAAAUAACGUGAUACAUAGUGCAAUAAGUAGUCGUACAAAUAUUAAUAACAAUGUUACUAAUACAUUACCAAAUAAUAAUAAUAACAAUAAUAAUAAUAAUAAUAAUUCAUAUAAUAUGUUUGCAUUAGAUAAUAUUUUUGUUAAUGAACCAAAUAAUUAUUUUUUACAAGAUGGGAUACAUGCAGAAAGUAACAAUGCCGAUGAAGAAGAAGAAGAUGAAGAAGAUAAUGUUGAAGUUGAAGAACAUCAUGAAAAUGAAGGAGUUGAAAACGAAAAUGAAGAAGACGAAGAAGAUGAAGAAGAGGAAAAUGAAGGAGAAGAAGAAAUUGAAGGUGAAGAAGAUGAAAUAGAAGAAAUUGAUGAAUAUGAAGAAAGAGAUGCUGAGGGAUUUCAAGAUGUACCAGAAGAAAAAGAAGUAAUGAAAACAGGGAAACAACAGAAUAAAAAGAUAAAAAAAAAAAAAAAAAAUAAUGAAAAUGAAAAUCAUAUUCUUUGUAAUAAUAGUAAUGAUUGCACAGAAAACAUAUUAUUAAAUAAUGAGAUAACGUCGAUAUCAAAUGAAAAAUCUAUUUCUCAUAUUAAUACAUUAAGCAGUGGAAAGGUAGAUAAUUUAACUUUAUAUUUGCAAAAAGAAUUAACAUGCCCUAUAUGUUUAGAUUAUUUUUAUCUACCUGUAACUAUGAAUUGUGGUCAUACAUUCUGUAGAUAUUGUAUUGGUCAUAAUAAAUUGAAUGGAAAAAAUUGUCCUUUAUGUAGGCAACCAUUAGGACAUACUUCGUGCAUUAAUACUAUUAUAUCUAAUUUAGUUCGUAUAUAUAACUUAAGAAGAAAAUCAUUAAAAAUAUAUAAAUCUAUAGAAAUAGUAAAUACAGUAGACGAAAUUUGGUGGAAUGAAAAUUUUAUAAAACCACAAGUCAGUGUAUCUCUCUUUUUAAGAAUAUUUUUGCAUGAUAUGAUAUCACCACCUAUCUUUUUUGAUGAUUUAACAGCAUGUAUUAUUGAUUUUUUUACUGUAAAUAAUUUAUGGUCAAAGGCCAAAUGGGUAUUUAAUAUAAAAGACUGUAGAGUAUUUAGCGAGUUGAUAGGAUAUGACAAAGAUGAUAAAGAAACGACUAGUGAAAGAUUACAUACAUGGGUUGAGAGAUAUAUAACUCAGAAUCCAUCAAUGUGUAUGAGGAAAGAAGAAAAAAUUAUUUUAAAAUUAUAUCAAGAUAGAACACAUAGAAUUGAUAGUCAUAUAUUUGAUUCUUCUGUAUUACCUAAUAGAUUACCAUGGGAUGGUGGAAGACAUGCAAAAAGUUUAAUUCAUAUGCCCCAUUCAUCAGUUUCUCUUUCUCAUCUACUGUUUGUAAAAGCAGAAAACAAUACUAUAGGAGUAGUAGAUUGUGGUUCAACAAUAGGGACAAUGAUUAAAGUAAACAAUUAUCAUAUAUUGAAAGAAGGUGAUAUAAUACACAUAGGAGAUAGAUUAGAAGUAACUGUAUCUAUUGAUAAGAAUACAGCAGGAAUGCCUUAUAAAGGUUACGUAUGGAAUAAAAAUGCAAAUAAAGUUUUAGAUAGACAUGAAUUAAAUGAGUUAAUAAAACUUGAGACUAAUAGCAAUCAGGAUAUAUAUCUAAUAGAAGAUCAAAUACCUUCCUAUUGUGAAAAUAUUGAAUCAAAUUUACUAAUUAAAUUUGAUUUUGGUACAACAAAAGAAGAAAUUACACCAAAAACAGAGUACAUUGACCCUAAAGGUGUUGUAUUAGGUAGAGGUCCAUAUGCUCAAUCUAGUUAUAAAAAAAUUUCAGUUACAAAUUCAAAUGGAUAUGUAUCAAGAGAACAUUGUUUAAUUUACUAUGACGGAUCUAAACCGGAAGGAGAAAGAUGGCUAUUAAGAGAUACUAGUACAUUAGGAACUUUUCUUAAAAUUAAAUCAUAUUCUAAUCCAGUACCAUUACCUAUUGGUUCUAUAUUCAAAGCAGGUCAAUGCAAAAUUGAAGUAUGUUCUCAUGAUACAGCACAGUAUAUACAUUAUCCUGAAAGAUCAUUAUCAUUACAUAAUACAAACAAUGCUUCAAAUUUAGAUAACAAUAAUAAUAAUAAUAAUAAUAAUAAUUUUAAUAAUAAUUCAGAUAAUAGAAAUAAUGAUAAUGAUAGUAAUAAUACUAGUAAUAAUAAUAACAAUUAUAGUAGUAAUAAUAGCAACUAUAAUAAUCAUUCAAGUAAUGAUCAAAACAAUAACAGUAAUAAUAAUGGAAAUGAUAAUUCUAAUUAUAAUGUUGAGAACUUUAAUACUCAAAACUUUUUACAAAAUAAUGAUCAAAACAAAAAUAGACAAGAAUCAUUGGAUAAUAACCGUCAAGAUGGAAAUAUGCAGUGUUUAUUGCAAAACAGUGUUAAUUCCGUAUCACAUGAAAAUAAUAUUUCUUCAUCGUAUAGAAGUGAAAAUAGGAUUUCAAGUAAUUAUUAUAAUCAAAGUCAUGGAGAUACAUACUUCUAUAAUUAUCUAAGGAAUAGUAUUAAUCACAACAGUAAUAAUUAUAACAAUAAUAAUAAUAAUAGUAGUAAUAACAACAGUACUGAUAGUACUGUUAAUAGUAGUAAUUUGAUAAGAGAUCAUGAUGAAACAAACUGCAAUAGUAGUAACUAUAGCUUAAGCGGAAGUAUGCAUGAUAAUAUAUUUAAUAAUAAUAAUAUAAACAAUAAUUAUAAUGAUAAUAUAUAUAAUAACAGUAUUGAAAAUAAUAAUAACAAUAUUAGUUAUAAUAACAAUAGUAAUAAUAGCAAUAGUAGUAAUAGUUACAAACAUAGUUUUAUCAAUGGUAGUAGUAGUAGUAAUGGUAAAAGUAGUUAUAUUAAUAAUAAUGAUAGAAACUUAUUUUAUAAAUAUUACAUAGAUUACAAUAAUUAUAAAUAUGAAAAUAAUAAUUUUUUUCUUAAUAAUCACCAGGUAUCUAUAGAUGAUUAUAGUCCCUUCAAUAGAAAUACUGAUCCUAAAUUAUCUUUUAACAUGAACAACUCAUGUGAAAAUAAGAAUUUAAAAGUCAAUAUAGGAACUAUAUUAAAUAAAGUUAAGCCAAUAACUGAUAGCAGAAGUGGAUCAUCUAAUGAAAGUGCAAACACGAAAAAUUUUUAUCUUAUAAAUUUUAAAAAAAUAGAAAAACAUAAAAUUAAUGAAGUUAUACUUUAUAAAAAUAUAAAUAAAAAUAACAUUGAAAAAAAAACUACCAAAUGUUCUUUUAAGAAGUUUAACUAUAAUAGUAAAACAGACAACUUCCCAAAAAAAAAAAGAAAUCAUUCAGAAACUUUUCUAUAUAUGAAUCAAAUGAAUAAUAAAGUUGAAUCUACUAAACAUAAUAAUAAUAGUACAUGUAAUUCUAUUUAUAACGAUAUGAAAUCACUUAAAUUAAUAUAUAAUUACAUAAACAGUUUACAUAUAAAUAAUAAGAAGAAAAGUACAAAUAAUAAUAAUUUGAUAGAUAAUAAUAAAAAUUUAAAAGUAAUAACUAAAUCAAAUGUGAAUAUCAAAAAAAUUGAUUCAUUAAAUAUGUAUCCGGAUGCACAACUUGAUAGUACUUAUAGUAAAUUACGACAGAACUUUAUUAUUGAUAAUAAUAAAAGUAAAAAUAUAUUAACCAAUGAACACAAUAAAACAAAUCAGAAUAUUUUAUUUCAUUCAGUUAAAAUGAAUAAUUAA